AUGUCUUUGGCGGAAUUCGACGAAAUACACUACGAGCACUCGACCAGCCGGUUGGAUGUUCCAUCCAACUACCUGAUGAAAAAAGCUCGUCGGAAUCCAAGUGGAUUGGACGAACUUCGCAAAUCCGUGAAAUCUGCCACGAUCUACGUGGGGAACCUUUCGUUUUACACUUCCGAAGAACAAAUAUACGAGCUGUUUAGCAAAUCGGGCGUAAUCAAACGCAUUAUCAUGGGACUGGACCGUUUCAAAUUCACGCCGUGUGGGUUCUGUUUUGUGAUUUACAACACGCCGGAGGAGGCGCUGAACGCAGUCAAGUAUUUAUCGGACAUGAAGCUGGACGACCGUAACAUAACGCUGGACUUGGACCCGGGGUUCGAAGACGGACGGCAGUUUGGCCGGGGCAAGUCUGGGGGUCAGGUGAGCGACGAGCUGCGGUUUGAGUACGAUGCGUCCAGGGGAGGGUUCACGGUGCCGCUUGUGGACCGGAUUGGCACGAACGCCACGCACAAUUUCGGUGCGCGUCGUGUGAGAGACACAUAUGUUCCUGGCCAGGAACACGAAGCUGCUGAAGAGGAAGAUGCGGAGGAGGAGGGAGAAGAGCCCGACAACUACGUUCCAGGUCAGUAG